AUGGGGCACUAUUCCUCCCACUGACACCAACGAUGGGGCACUAUUCCUCCCACUGACACCAUGUGAUGGGGCACUACUCCCCCCACCGACACCAACGACGGGGCACUACUCCCCCCACCGACACCAACGAUGGGGCACUACUCCCCACCGACACCAACGAUGGGGCACUACUCCCCACCGACACCAACGAUGGGGCACUACUCCUCCCCACCGACACCAGUGAUGGGGCACUACUCCUCCCACCGACAUCAACAAUGGGGCACUAUUCAUCCACUGACAACAUCAGUGAUGGGGCACUACUCCUCCACUGA